AUGGGAAGAGCUCCUUGUUGUGACAAAACUAAAGUGAAGAAAGGUCCAUGGUCUCCUGAAGAAGAUGCAACUCUUAAGAACUAUAUUCACAAUUAUGGCACUGGUGGAAAUUGGAUUACAUUACCUCACAAAUCGGGACUUAAGCGUUGCGGUAAGAGUUGCAGACUGAGAUGGCUGAACUAUCUAAGGCCCGAUAUCAAACAUGGCGGCUUCAAUGAAGAAGAAGACAACAUAAUAUGCAGCCUCUACACUAAACUUGGUAGCAGGUGGUCUAUCAUAGCUUCUCAAUUAUCCGGAAGAACAGAUAACGACGUAAAAAACUAUUGGAAUACCAAACUGAAAAAGAAGUACAUUUCAAUGCAAAACAACGAAGUCAAACCGAGUUCUUACACCUCCGAGCAAAACCCUAAUUUCAUCAUCAACAUCGAAGACAACGCCACCACCAACAAUAACACCCCAAGUAUCAUUAACUCCCCGAAUGUACUCGAUGGCUCAUCGAUAUCAAUGAGUGCCCUUAACUUCUCGGAAGAUGAUGAUAAGAAAAAUGCCUUAAACCUAAUCAUGAAUGAUAUCAAUGAACUCUUAGUGGCUCCAAAUGAUCGUUAUGAACAAUACACCUAUACAAGCGCACCAAUUGAGCAUUCUCCAAACACAUUGGAGUACUUUCCUUGGACUGAAAAUUUGGGAAUGGAAGGGAAUACAUCGUUUAUUGGGGGAUUUGGUGCCAUGGAAGUUCCUAUUAUUGAUAAUAUUGUCAAUGAAAGUACGGAUGUUUGGUCGGACGAGAUUUUGAUGGGCUACGAAUCAAUAGUUUCGUCUUCGUUGAUGUCGUCAUCUUAUUAUUUUAACUCUAUAUCAGCUGAUUUUGGUACAUUUCCAGGAGGACUCAUUCAAAAUAAGAAUUAUUAG